AAAUGAUACUAAAUCAAAACAAAAUAUUUUUUUUUCUAACAAAAUCAUUUUAUUAUAUAUUCAUAUGAAAUGUAAGAUUAUAACUAUUCAUAUUGCUUCUUAUUUGUGAAAAUAUAAAUACAAGCAAUAUUCUUAUACUUUCAUACUACCUAUGAUAUUUAAAAAAAAUGUUUGAUGUAGUGUGUACUACGGUAAAUGGAGGAAUUCCGAUAUUUUACCGAAAAAAUAGUAAAACAGACUCAGUACCUUUUACAACUUUUUCAACAUUGAAUGCAGUUAUAACAUUUGCAGAUAUACAAAAUGUUAAAUUUAAAGCGAUUCAUACAGAUAAACACUCGUUUAUUUGGCAUGGAAUUGGUGAUAGUUUAAUUGUGGCAGGCAUUGGUGAUUUGAAUGAUUCAACAAUAAAAACUGGUUUAGAACUAAUAGCAACUCUGAUAAAAAUGAUAAUCGGAGAUGAAAAUAUUCACCAUAAAAAUGCAGAUAGAAUAAAACGGGAAAUAAAACCUUGUCUACCAAUUAUUGACUACAUAUUGAAGAACUUAUCAUUAUGUAUAAUAGAAAAAAGUUUAAUAAAUUUUAUAGAAACUCAAUCAAUGAAAGACAAUAAAGUGAUACAUAAUUGUUUAUCAAAUUGGUCAGAAACUAUUUGUAGUGAUUUAUGCUGGAUUAUUGUGGAUAAGAAAUUAUGUGUUGCGACAAAGGAUUGGUGGGAUUUACAUAUUAGUGAUAGAAAAUUAUUAAUAACAAUCAUUUUAGCUACUUGUUAUGAUAAAAAUACAUCAGCUGAUAUACCAAUUUUCUUACCUCAUUCAAGUACUAAGGUACUUUUAAGACUUGUAUGUUGCAUGAUUGUACAAGGAGUAUGGACAGCAGCUAUUUGUGGACCUACACCAAAUUUAGAUGAUAUUGAAAUCAGUGCUGCUAAAAGUUUUAGAACAAUUGUUAAUUAUUUCCGUCCUAAUUAUACUAAAUUUGAAUUAACAUCUGGAUGUAUUGUUAUAAAUACAAAUAAUUUCACUUUUAUGCAAAAUUAUUACUCAAAUAAUGAUGUCCAAAAUGGAAUUAUACUGUUCUACAAUAAAAUUGCAGCACGUCUUAUGAAUGAUGAUAUGGCAAAGGAAGUAUCAAGUAUGGGGAAAAAUCAUAAUUAUUAUGCUAUACAAUCAAAUGGCAUCACAUUAUGUUUAGCAUAUCCAAAUAAACAUAAUAUGGUAACAAUUAGAUAUUAUGCCAAACAAUCAUUUCAACAAUUUUUAACAGAUAUCAAUAUUUGAAAAUAAUCAAAAUAAAUAUAUGGUAUUAAUACAUUUUUAUU